ACGGUCGCAGACUUCAGAGAAGACCAGCAGAUAACGCAGGGAGCCCCAGCGAGUGAGCGGGCACAGUGGAGGUGUGUGUUUGUAAUGAGCAUGGGAGCGGGAGCGCACAGUCCAUGCAUCUGUCAAACAUCUUGAUUUCAGAAGGUUUUAAGAGCCGUCAACAAUCAAGCGCCGCCCGCAGCUCUCUAUUGAAGCUAAAGAAAACGUUGCAUGGAUUUCUGAAAUCGGUUGCCUAAUUUCAAAACCUCCUGCAAAUAUAUUAAAUGAUGUCCCAUUAUACUGUGCUGAAUUAUUAUCAGUGAAUGAAUACCUAGUUCAAUAACAUGAUGUCUCGCUUCUAGAAUGGACUUGACGACUUCUAGAAUGGACUUGACGACUUCACCGAUAGCCGAUACCGACUUCAGCAGCAGAAUGGGAGCCGAGGUCUGGACCCAAGAGGUGGGCAGUGGGAUGGACGUGAGCCCCAGUGGUCUGUGGUUGGCUUCCGGCGCCGAUAUCGGUCCCUAUUCCGAGUCCCAUACCACUCCGAUUAGUAAUCAAGGUCUCGGGACCAAACUGUGGAUCUAUAACAUCACGGACGAGGAGACGCCGCCGUUCUUGACCGACGCCUGGCUCGUGCCGUUGUUUUUCGCCCUCAUCAUGCUGGUAGGACUGGUGGGGAACUCUUUGGUCAUCUACGUCAUCACGAAACACAAGCAAAUGAGGACUGCAACCAACUUCUAUAUCGGUAACCUGGCCACGACUGACAUCCUCUUCCUGGUGUGCUGCGUCCCCUUCACCGCCACCCUCUACCCGCUGCCCAGCUGGAUCUUCGGGGAGUUCAUGUGCAAGUUUGUCAACUACUUACAGCAGGUCACAGUUCAGGCAACCUGCAUCACGUUGACGGCCAUGAGUGUGGAUCGCUGCUACGCCACUCUGUACCCGCUCCAGUCGCUACGGCGACGUACCCCCCGCGUUGCCAUGGCAGUCAGUGUCGGCAUUUGGAUCGGGUCCUGCAUCCUUUCUCUGCCCAUGGCUUUGUACCACCGGAUCGAGGUGGGGCUCUGGUAUGGCCUGCGCACCUAUUGCAUUGAGAAGUUCCCCACAGAGGCCCAGCAGAAAGUCUACAUCCUCUACUCCUUCCUGGCUGUGUACCUGCUGCCCCUCAUCACUAUCUGUGUGUGCUACACAAUCAUGCUGAAGAGAGUGGGGAGACCCGUGGUGGAACCAAUGGACAAUAACUACCAGCCGGUGCCCCAGCUCUCGGAGCGAUCCAUGGUGCUGCGUGCCCGUGUUACUCGGAUGGUGGUGGCGAUCGUGCUGCUCUUCAGCGUGUGCUGGGGCCCCAUCCAGCUCUUCCUGCUGGUGCAGGGCUUCUACAGGGGCUUCCAGGCCAACUACGAGACCUACAAGAUCAAGACCUGGGCCAACUGCAUGUCCUACGCCAACUCCGCGCUCAACCCCAUCGUCUACUCCUUCAUGGGCGAGAGCUUCCGCAAGUCCUUCAAGAAGGCCUUCCCCUUCAUGUUCCGCCAGCGCAUCAGAGACGGGACGCUGGCCUCGGGCUCCCGUAACCACGGUGACAUGAAGUUCGACACAGAGGGAACCUAGACCCAGCGCAAUGACGCACCUCUUUCUUCCUUUUUUUCUGUUUUUCCUAUCCUGCAACCUGCUGCAACUCGAGAGGCUAACGUCCCCUACAUUACUCUUAGCCGUCAUUAAGAGAUACAACACAUUUACUUUAGGGGAGACCACAUCAAAACUCAUGCGCCUGUUGCUGAAUUUCAAUUAAUUGUGCUUUUUUCAGUUUUCAAUACUACGGUGUGAAAGGGGAAGCUGUUCUAAGUGCAGUAGAGACACUAGACAGGCAGACAGGCAGAGGAAGCUGCACAAAUACAACAUUUCAAUGCACAUAUACCGGGUAAACAUUUAUAAGGUGGGGCGGUGUCUGUCACCUGGUUUAAGAAGGCUGACAUCUUUAAAAGCACAGCACAAAAACUAGGACCAGAGGACACAGCUGGAGAAGGACUCAGGACAGAGGGUAGGAGACACUUCUUCACACAGAGAGUGGUGAGGGUGUGGAGUGGGUUACCUAGUCAUGUUGCUGAAGGAGACUCUUCUUCACACACACACAGAGUGGUGAGGGGAUGGAAUGGGUUACCUAGUCAUGUUGCUGAAGGAGACUCUUAUUCACACAGAGAGUGGUGAGGGGAUGGAAUGGGUUACCUAGUCAUGUUGUUGAAGGAGACUCUUCUUCACACAGAGAGUGGGGAGGGGAUGGAAUACGCUACCCAUAGUCAUGUUGCUGAAGGAGACUCUUCUUCACACAGAGAGUGGUGAGGGGAUGGAAUGGGUUACCUAGUCAUGUUGCUGAAGGAGACUCUUCACACAGAGAGUGGUGAGGGUGUAGAAUGGGCUGCCUAGUCGUGUUGUAGCUCCUGAAUCACAUGGUUUUGAGAUCAGUCAGCCUCCUCUCAUUCAGAAAUGUUCUUCUGUUCUUAAAACACUUUGAUAAAGUCUACAGAAACCAGGUCUGCUCUGACUUGGCUCCUGAUUGUCAAAAUUCCACUGUGGGUUUUAAUCCGUCACGUCUGUUUGGACAGACAGCCACUUCCCAAAGUGUAUUUGUUGGUGGAGACACUCGAGAAAACAGAAUGUAAUGUUGUGCGCUCCUCUGAAUCAGUAGAGAAUUCAAUUGGAAGAGUUCAGACUGGAAGCGAGUGGAUAUGAGCAGCUGCUGCAGAGCUAUCUGUCAGCUCAAUCUGUCCCUCUGACCCUGACUGAACUCCACUUCACCGACUCCUACCAACUCCAACUGUUUUAACAAAAUGCCUUUCUAACAUUUUGGGCUGUAUUUUCAAAGCGUUUACUCCAGUCUUUAAUGAACUCCUGUUAAUUUGACAAAACUGGAACCAAACAACUAAGCAAUGGUAUCCAAAGCAUUCAGCAGUUCUCAUUUUGUAACUUGCAUGCUUUUUUCUUCUUUCAAAAAGCAGGAGUUAAUUAAAGAUUGCAGAAAACCGUUGAAAAUAGGUCCCCUUGUCUCAUUGUGGAAAUAGAGGGUACAUCAUGAACUGUAGUGAUACCACAAGCAUACAUACAUCUCCUCACAUUGCAGCAGUACUAAAACUUCUCAAUCGUUUAUUCAUAUCAUCACUAGUCAGUGUAGAAGUCUCCACUAGAGCCCUGGGGAAACAGCGAUCACCUGAGGCAGUGCUGGCACGCAAUGCAUUGUGGGUGAUCUCAAGCUGAGGAGAAAGCAGAGCCCGGUAGUAAAGAACUGUUUCUAUAAGUUUUUUUUUCUUUUCAUUGUGAAGUUUCUCAGUCGUGAUACCAUUUCCCAUGUCUCUUGUCUCAAUACUAUAACAAUAUAUUUUCUAUUUGAACACAUUGGGAUCUCAUUGUCGUCGAGACGACAAUAAGACCCCAAAGAUGGAGUUCACGACCGCAAAGACGACACCCUGAAUGAAAUGAUCGUUUAUUUUUUAUUUUAUUACUAUAUGCCCGAGCUACAGAAACUACCCCCUCUGCUUUUCAAACCAAAGUUACGCCACUGGUUUGAUUAAAUACAAGAUUCCAAAAUGAGAUACAAAAAAAAAUCAUUCAGUAGCACUGAAUAUGAAAAAGUCGCUCAAUGUUCAAUGAUCUCUCAGCACUUAUUGCAGAAUGUGCUUGUGAUGUGCCGGCCCUGGAGGUGAAGGCUUAGGAUUAUAACUGCUUGUGCAAACUGGCCUGGCUCUUUUGUACCGUGUUUAAGGCGCUUGCUUGCAGCGAGUGGUCAGUGGCUGCGUGUUUAAUCAGAUUUUUACCAGAGGUCAGCACUGAUAGAAAAAUAGAAAACAGGGUACCUACCCUUGCUAGAAAAAUCCCCUCUUUCGAAUCACUUCAAGCUCUUGUUUUGGGGGAACCUACGCCUUCCUCUGGUUUUAACCAUGCUUUUUGAUCUGUGCCAUCCUUUGCUGUGCUUUUACCAGACACCACACUGCUGUAACUUUCUGUAAGGGAAACAAAACUAAAAGUAUAUUGACUUGAACAGGACUAGUGGCCCACAGUAUCAUCAUACAGAGUGCUAUUUAAUGUGAAGUCUGUCCGCCUUAAAAUAAACCUGUUUUUCAACCUUCUACAGUGUUAGACGUUUGUACACGUUUGUAUUAUAUUGGAUAAAUAUAAUAAAAAGCGAUGUUGCUCUCUCUCUCGCUAAGACUCCCUGCAGUGCGUCAGAGUGAACCGGACAGCAUCGCUCUUGCCGUGUAUAGUUUCAGCAGCUGGAAUGCUGCUCCAGGCUAUCUGCUGUGUAUAGACAACGACCGGACAACGAUUCAUCCAACCUAAAUUAUUCAAACUGCAUUUCGAAUCAAUAAAAGAAACAACAACAUUGCUUCAUUUAAAAUUAUAUAAUUUGCAACUUGAAUUAAGAGCCCAUCAAUGACUGGAGUGUAUGUACAAUUGCAUUACAUAUGAGUUUUAUAUGCAGGUCUGAUGAUUUUAAUGCCAAUGUGCGGGUCUGACCCGUGGAAUGCGGGUCACUUGGGUGGUCUUGGCGUUGGCCCCUUUAAAUUUCCCCAGUCCCAUUACCUGCCUUGGGAACAGGGGGGUAGGGUGGAUGCUCUCUGAUUUCUUAAACGUUAAACUUUAAGAUGAAAAAUGUUAAAGCUUCUAAACGUUAACAUGUUGUGAAUGCUGGUAACCACUCUGAUAAGCCCUCACAAGAAGCAAGUGAAGGGUUUAGAUAAAUGAAUGUGCUAUUAAUGCACGCAGCACUAAUAAUGUGUAGAGGAAAAAGGCUAUGAAUUAAAUCAGGAACCUGACACUGUAUAAACAGUAUAUAUUUUUACAUUUAACACCCCUUAAUGGGAAUGCUUUGAGCAUUAGAAUAUGUUAUAUAUAUAUAUACAGCAGUGUGCACAUGUAUUAGAACGCCCCAUUGCUUCUGUAGUUUUGAUUUGUUGUGCGUAUGAAAUCAAACCACUGGAGCUGAACAUCUUGGAAAAACUGUUCAAAUAGGCAAACUAAAGAUUCAGAAAAGGAACAAGUACACACAAAUGGGAACAUGCAUGAGGCUUUUUAGAAGUUGUUUAAAAUGCUUCAUUAAAGCACAAAGUGGUUGAAUAUUUUCACACGAGUGCCUAUUGUUUCUAUAUCACUGACUGCUGACCAAAAAUUGAAAUUCUCAAACCCUGAGGUUUUCAUGCAGAUGGGUAUAUAUAUAUUUUUGUCUGAUACACAAUGUUUUUUGGCUGUUUAUUAUAACUUAUGGAAUUCAGUACAUGGUGUCACAGCUCCCCCUAGUGGGUGUAUUUAUAAACGUCAUAGUUUUGAGCCCUCUGUGUCUCACUGAGCUCCAAAAUAUGACUCUUGGAUCAGAAGUGGAGUAUCUUAUUCAAGGCUCUUAAUGGUUUGGAAAGAAGACAAGGGCGUGUCUUUGGUAGAAGCGAACACUGUCACAAUGUCAAAAGAUCACUCCUGUUUUCAUGAUCACAGUCACACUGAAGCUGCGUCUCAGUGCAGCCGGGUUAACCCUCAUCGAUUUUUAAAAUGUCUCUGCUGCUCUUCAGUGUGCAUUUAGUUUUUAGUAAACUGAACUUAUUUUGUGUUGCAGUAUUUCUUUAUUUGUAAUCUUGUAUUGUAUGGCUCUGUAAAGAAACUAAUAAACUCGUUCAUGAUGUCUGUGAAUGAGUGCACGCAAUGCCAAUUGAUGUGUCAGUGAGUUUCCUUUAUUGAUUCCAGUAUUCAGGUUUCACACAUAUAGCUUAAACAUUAUCAUUAGACACAAUAAAGUAGCACCUAGUUAUGAACAGAACUCUGAUGUCGAUCAGUUACCUAAUGUUCUGGGAGAAAGCUCAGGUAUGGAGAUGGUCUGUCAUCAGGAGAGGAUUCAGGUAGCUUGUCUCACUCACACUAAUGACUGCCUGUCUUAUGUAUCUUGCCUACCUGCGUGUGUGUGAAGCUCCCAAUAUAUGUUUAACCUUCAUUGACCUUACAGCUCUCCAGGAACUCCCUAGGCAUCAGUUUGGCUCUUCAAACCAAAAAGGUUGGUCAGCUCUCCGUUAGUCCAUCGUCACUGACAUCAUCGAUUCAGAGUUUUCACCCAUAAUUUGACCCACUCAAGCACGUUAAAAUAGUGAUUGACACUGUGGCAGGGAUGGGGUUAAAUGCUAUCCUUGAAAACCAUCACCGGUCAUUCUCUAAUGAGUUAAUUGGUGCUAAUUAGGGAAUGCCAUCUCUAUAAAAAGGGAGAAAGCCCCCCUUUGUUUGGGGGUGGUGUUUGGAGAAGGAAAGCCAGUGAAGCCGUAGCUCAGCCUGGCUCUUGUAAGUUUUGUGUUUGACGCUAU